AUGGCCGGAGAUCCGGCGCAACUGUCACCGGCUGACGAGGUGAUCAACUCCGCCACGGCGGAGGCGGCGGAUGCGGAGGAGAGGAAGAAGACGGCGUGGAAGAACAGCUGUGCGUCUAAUGGCGUGAUGACUACGGACAGCAGGGUGAUGGGAGGCGUCUCGUGGCCGGCUCUCUCCGAGGCUUCUUUCAUGGCGUCGGCUAGAUCGUCCUCCUCCUUUCUCAAUGGCGUCUCCCAUGGAACGAGCUCUGCGGCUUCAGUGAGAUACAUUUCCUCCUCCUCUUUUGAAUCACGCAUCGAUUUUGGUUUCCUCGCUGCAUGCCCUAACCUGCAUCUGUCAUCGCUCUCCAGAAGACGGAGAACGAUACCAACUCUAGUUCAUCCUCCGCUCGGGCGCCAAUGAAGGAGGAGAAAACCAAGGAUCACGGCGCUUAUUUUGGCAGCGCGAAGGCAGAAAAUGGUGGCAGCCUAGUGGCCGGCGGCGGGACGGCGGCGCCCGCCGUGUGCCUGCCGGAAAAUGGGAGGGCGAGAAACUCGGAGAACGGAUCUAGGCGUGGGGGAAGGCCGCCACAGGCACAGGGAGGGAACGAGUUCCACAGGAGUUACAGCGGUAACAGGAGGGGAGGAGGAAGCAUCAACAACGGGGGUUGGGGAGGGGCCAACAGGAACAAUCCUCAGAACUGGAGGGGCCAUGGAGGGCGGAGCGGCUACGACUGGAAUCGUCGUCCCUUCGCCGGCGCUGACGGAGCUUUACCUGUUCAUCAUCUUCAUCACUGGGAGCACUCACAGGCGAGAGCCAUGGCGUGGCCCUUCCACCCGAGGCACAUACCACACAGUCCACCGCCAUUCAUCCCUGCGCUCCCGCCGGUGCCUCCUCCCUUCGUGGGUACCAUGGGAUACUACGGCGAGUACCCUCUCUCCAUGGUUCAACAGAGUUCGGCCGUCCUUCUUCCCUCUCUUCUUCGUAUUUUUUAGUAGUUGGGGAGGCUCUUACCUUCGUCAUUUUGUUCCCAGGAAUGCCACCGUUGCCGCCGCCGUCGAUGUAUUACGGCCCACCGCAUGCUCUUGUUCAGGACCCGCGUUUUAGAGGACCUUCUGGAAUGCUUUACGCGGCACCAGAUUUACAGCUACGAUACCGAUUAACACAGCAAAUUGAUUAUUAUUUCAGGUGAGAAUUACGCGGAGAAUUUGGUCUGAUUUUCCUCUGGCGCAUGUAUGUCGAGUCUCUCACCCUUUGUAUUUUCAUUGCUGCAGCGAUAAUAAUUUGUCUACUGACGAAUUCUUGCGGAAACAAAUGGAUGAACAAGGAUGGGUUUCACUUUAUCUCAUUGCCGACUUCAAAAGAGUGAGUCAACUCGGUUUGUUAUAGCGUUUUUCUUUUGCUCAUUUGCUCAUUGUCAAAACGUUUUUUUAUAAAAAAAAAUUCACAGGUCAAGAUUUUGACGAAUAAUAUUAUAUUUAUAUCGGAUGCUGUGAGAGCUUCCACUGUUGUAGAGCUAGAGGUAUGCAUUCUUUCUGUGAAUCUAUUCUCUUCUGAUCCACAUAACUAUAGAAAUCUUUUAUGUGAAGCUUUCAUGCAUCAUCCAUUGAUCAACCUACUUACCUUACCUUACCUUAACAAGGUUAUUAUCAAAACUGAAGAAAAUAAUUCAUUUCCUUUAGGUGAGUAUUUUACUAGUGAUUCUCCUACUAUUUUGCAGGGAAGUAAGAUAAGGAGGCGGAAUGACUGGAUGCGCUGGCCGUCGUUGAGGUCACUGGCCACUCCAAGCACUACGGGACCUUUGACCAAUAGCUUGGCGGCGAUGGCUCUAGAUGAAGGGCAACCAAAUGGCCAUCAUUCUCCAGUGAGGUCCUCCCUCGGUGGAUAG